AUGCCGCCCAAGACGGACUCACUGUUCCGCUGGAUCGAGGAACGCGAGCACCACGAUUCCUCCAUCUCCCCCUGGGGCCGUGUCCUCGACGCAGGCACCGGUCGCCACUCGCUCUCGUGGCUGCUACAUGGCGGUGUGUCCUCCCUCAUCGAGGAGGUGGUCGCUGUGACGGGGGAGAAGCCUCUUGCCAACGAUCUUUCGGCUGAAUAUGAUCCCAGCAAGACACCGCACGCGACUCCGUUCAAGGUUCACGCUGGCAACUGGCAAAAUGCGACUUUCUUGUCUAAUGAGAAGCCGUUCGACAUUAUAAUCGCUGACUACCUGGUUGGAGCUAUCGAGGGCUUUGCACCGUACUACCAAGACCAAAUUUGUGACAGACUAGAGAAACUGCUGGCUCCGGGAGGGCGGAUCUACCUGGUAGGACUUCAGCCAUUGAGCGAGUCUCAAACUCCGGCGGGCUCAAGUGAUGCAGAGAUUGAGGCAGGCAAGCUGAUCCAGGAAGUAGCGCGCACACGUGAUGCGUGUCUCCUUCUUGCAGGACGUCGCUGUUACCGCGAGUACCCAAUCGAGUGGUCGCAGCGCCAGCUGGAGAAGGUAGGGCUGGAGGUGACCAACAGUGUGCGUCUUACCAAUGUGUAUGGACGGUCGGCGAUCACUCGUCAACUCGAGGUGGGCAGGCGUCAUAUUCCACUGUUUUGGGACCCGGUAUUGGCUGGCCACAUGCAACAAGCACUUGACUGCGUGGACGAACGCCUGGAAGAGGAGUUCGGAUCUGGCGCACUACCCAAGGAGGAGCAGCGCAGGAUACGUUUCGGAUUCGACUACGUCAUCGCUGCGCGUAAGCCCGCCCAAGCUUAA